CGAUUAUCUCUGUGAUCCAUUGUGCAUGUCUUAAUAUUGACAGAUCACAAACAAUGGCAGCUGUCGAGGCUAACGCUACACAACCUGCCCAGGUUGAGAUCUCCAAAACGGGCAGCCUGCCAGCCGAAGGCUAUGACAAGAAAUGUAUUUUCUGCAAGAUUGUAAACAAUGAAAUGGGCACGGAGAUUCUUCACAGUGAUGAGGAGAUCUCGUGCUUCAGAGACAUCAAACCUGGAGCCCCACACCAUUACUUAGUUGUCCCAUCCAAACACGUUGGUAACUGUAAAUCACUCAGCAAGGAACAUGUGCCUUUGGUGAAGCGGAUGGUGGAGACAGGGAAGGAGAUCCUCCAGAAGAACAACAUAACAGACCUCAGUGAUGUCAGGUUUGGAUUUCAUUGGCCCCCAUUCUGUUCUGUCACACACCUACACCUCCAUGUCCUGGCACCGGCCAGCCAAAUGGGCUUCAUGUCCCGCCUCUUCUACAGACUAAACUCUUACUGGUUUAUUACAGCAGAUCAGCUGAUUGAACUCCUCAACUCUAAAGAAGAGACUAACUGAUCCCCCGUUGUAGAUCCAGUUCUUUGAUUGCUGGACUGUUUAAAAGCGACUGUAGUUUCCACUAUUGCAGAUGUCAUUUUGGACAAAACUCAUUGAGCUGUCUACUUUGCUAGAGCUGCUGUCAGUAUUUUAAACGGGUGAAAUAUGUCACAACACAAGACCACUAGAAUUUGAUAUUUGUUAUAAAAAUGUUCAGUGUUAAUGGACCAAGCAGUGUGAACUCGAUCUGGUAAUCGCCAAAGAAAAAUAUAAAGUUAUCCUCUCUCUUAAGUGGACAUAAGGGUGACCAGACAUCCCAAUGUAAAUCCCCAACUAGUUGAUUUAUUGACAUGUAGCACUGUCCUCAUCAUCUGAUAACAUGCAUUUAUUGCUGCAGUUCCUCUGAACAGUUAUCGUGAAAAACUGACUUGUAUACCUCAUCUUCUGUGAUAAAUAAGAAAGCUGUACACACAGUAAGUUCAUCAGCUGCUCUCUGUGUUGUCUCUUCCCUGAUGGGCAUUUUGUGGCCAAACUGACAUCCCUCAAAGCACAGAGUAGCAUCAUUAAUUAUUAAUGAUGCUUCUCUACAGUGGAAGCAACUCAGUUAUCCUCUAAUACUGUAACACCCUGUAAGUCUGCCAUCUGGUCUCAACAAGCACUGAUACACAGUCAGGUAUCUUUUGAUAUAUGCUAACUUUAGUUUAAUUUGAUAUGAUGGGACAUUGUGUUGAGACGUAUAAUAUGAACAGUGUGUGAUUAUCCUAUAUUACUGUAUGUAAAGGAAUGUAAAUACAGGAAAUCAUACUGUAUGUACUGUAAAGGUGUAUGCACUUUAUGAAUGAGUUUAAUUUAAAAUAAAUCAUGUCUUGCUA